GCCGUCGGGGGGAAAAGUUGUCCCGUGGAUGUUUUGCGAGGGACGGCGUAAGCAAUUCAAGGGCCGUUUGUCCUGCAGUUGACUCCUUCCCUUCCUACGUAGCUCCUCCGGGCGGCCGCUCGUCGCUCGCCCGCCUUCCCGCUCUCAGCAUGGUGGAUUUGUUCAGCGGGCGGAUCCUCGUGAACCUGGAAGGCAGCUUCGUGGACCCCGAGCAAGCUUUGGAGAACAAAAUCGUGGGCUUAUACUUUUCGGCCGCUUGGUGCUCCCUCUGCAGGGACUUCACCCCCACGCUGUGCGAUUUCUAUAGCGAAUUGGUGGAUGUCGUCACAAAUCCGGCCCCUUUCCAGAUCGUCUUCAUCUCGUCCGACCGCAGCCGGGAAGAAAUGUCGAGCUUUAUGUACAAGAUGCACCCGGGCUGGCUGGCCUUGCCCUUCCACGACCCACUUAAGCAUGAAUUGAAGAAGAAAUACAACAUAACAGCCAUUCCCAAACUUGUGAUUGUUAAACAAACUGGAGAAGUAAUUACCGAUAAAGGGAGAAAGCAGAUCCGUGAGAGAGGGCUCAACUGCUUUCAAAACUGGCUUGAGGGGGCUGAUGUCUUUCAGAAUUUUUGUACCUGACCAAAAUAGUAUUUUCAGACUUCAACAAAACAAUAUCUUUGCUAUCUGCAACUAGACUUAGAGGAGAAAUUACAUUCUCCUUUUUUAAUGUUUGACUUGCUUAAUUCU